CGUAUGUGAAAUAACACUUUUAAAUUUACCAAGGGUUAUUUGAAAUGUGGAUAUUUAUUUUGAAUAAUUUAGGCUGGAAACCUGUGCCAACUUACUUGGAACUCGGAGGGACUUACUUCUGAGUAGACAUGUAUAGAAUUGCAGUGUCAUAGAACUGUAGAGUUGGAAGGGAUUCUGAGGAUCAUACUUGGGCUUUUCCCUGCACACACAUCCAGGGUGGAUUUGAUUUAAAUCAAAUCAAUUUAAAUCACGAUUCAAAUCACUAGUCAGUAAGACUUGAUUUAAAUCUUUUUCUUUCUUUCUUUUUUAACAGAAAGACUCAUUCUUGCUGGUAUAACCUUAAUAUUUACAACCAGAUGAAGGUUUCAUUCUUGGAAUAAUAAAUUUUCAGAGUAGUUUUUUACACUUAUAUCCAAAGUUACUGAUUUGGUUAUGCUAUUAGAAAUACAUAGACAGAUAAUUAUGAAAUUAUUGUGAGGUUUAAUAAGUUAACUGCUUAUAUUUGGACAACUUUUCUACUGUACUUUAAUGGAAGGAGAAAAAUAAUCAUUUCCUUAAUAACAAUGUAAAUGAUUUAUUUAACUAAAACAAUAACGUUACAGCAUAUGUAUCCAUGUUUGUUAACUGAUGUGGUGAAACAAUUAAAAAAAAAAACUUAGACUAAGUUUUAGCACACAUGAAAAACUUAAAACAAAUCCUUAUUUCCUGAUGAAUAGCCUUUGGACCAUAAUGUAACUUAAAUAGAAAACUAUAGAAAGAUUUUUCCUUCAAAAGCAUUUUAUUUUUAAAAUCUGAUUUAAGGCUUUGUGAGGUCCGGCGAUACCCAAGCAGGAGGUGGCCUAGCUGGUGAGUCGCUGCUGAGUCGCCUUGCAUUUUCUGCCUCGUCAGCCUGGGCUCUGGCAACAAGAUGAGUAUUGGCGGCUUGGAUCGGAAUGAGGAGUUCUACCAGCAGCUGCGGCUGCAGGAGCUGUACGGCAAGAAGGACGGGGAAGGCGGCGAGGACCCUUUCACGUACACAGACCCAGAGGACGGGACGCAGUAUGAGUGGGAUUGCGACAAGAAGGCCUGGUUCCCAAAGGUUACUGAAGAUUUCCUGGCAACAUAUCAUGCUAACUACGGCUUUCCCACUGAAAGGUCAGACAAUUCACCUACAUCUCUUACAAAGACUGAAUCUAAUACUCCUGCAGACUCAAAGACUACCAAGGUCCAGCAGUCAGCAGAUCCAAAAGCAUCUCGGGCAACAGAUCUUAAACAAAAAGGAGAGAAAAUAAAACCUGACGCAGGAUGGUUUCAUGUUGAAGAACAGAGAAACACAAAUGUAUAUGUGACGGGUUUACCACCAGACAUUACAAAAGAUGAGUUCGUGCAGGUUAUGUCAAAAUGUGGUAUUGUUAUGCGUGAUCCGCAAACAGAGGAGCCUAAAAUUAAACUUUACAAAGGCAAAGAAGGAAAUCUCAAAGGAGAUGGGCUCUGCUGUUACUUAAAGAGAGAAUCUGUCGAACUAGCAUUGAAAUUUUUGGAUGAAAAUGAAAUUAGAGGCUACAAAUUGCAUGUGGAAGUUGCACAGUUUCAACUGAAGGGGGAGUAUGAUGCCAGCAAGAAGAAGAAGAAAUGCAAAGACUACAAAAAGAAGCUGUCUCGACAACAAAAACUGCUGGAUUGGCGACCGGAGAAGAAAGAUGGCAGUGUUCGAAUGCGGCACGAGCGUGUUAUCAUUAUCAGGAACAUGUUCCACCCAAGCGAUUUUGAGGAAGAUCCUUUAGUGCUAAAUGAGAUAAGAGAAGAUCUUCGGACAGAAUGUGAAAAGUUUGGACGAGUAAAGAAAGUCAUUCUAUUUGAUAGGCACCCAGAUGGUGUUGCUUCUGUGUCAUUUAAAGAAGCAGAAGAAGGAGAUGUCUGCAAACAGGCACUCAACGGGCGAUGGUUUGGUGGACGUCAGCUCUCUGUGGAGACCUGGGAUGGUGUAACAGAUUACCUGGUUGAGGAGACUUCAAGAGAAAGGGAAGAGAGACUGAAGGGUUGGCAGAAGUUUUUAGGUGAUCCAAAUACAGAAAUGCCGAAAACAGCAUCUGGCACAGAUUCUUCGGAAACUGGUGUCCAGCUUCCAGAAGGCGUUCAGCCAUUGAAAGUUAAAAGUGCAUCUGAGGGUGGCCCAAAGGGUGAAGCAGCUGAGAGAGGAGAUAAUGGCAAGGGUACCAACGAAGAUGUCACAGCAUCCACAGACAGCAGCAUUGCAGGCAGUGAGGAGGAAGCGGAGACAUCUGUAACUCAUUUGUAAAAGUAUGUAUAACCUCUAAACCUCAGUUAUCCUGUGCUUCAAAGUAACUGCAGCCAGCAUUCAAAUGAAUAUAUAUGCAUUACCCUAUUGAGAUAUCAGCAUGUUUUUUU